UUAGCUUCCCAUUGCUCUCGUCAUUCACUUUUACAAUGAGAGGUAUAUUAGCUUAAACUUAAUUAUCGCUUAGAAGGUGUCAUGAUAUAAUAAAAGAAAACAGCGGUAGGAGGGCGGUCUACUUCUGCUUUUCAGUGAUCAAGAAAUACCCAAGGAAUACGCAGAGUGGGUUAUUUCUCAUGUCCUCAUUUUGUACGCUACAGUUUCAUGACUUACUGUUCAAUUCAAACUAUGGGAAGGUGGAUUCUCAUUCUGGGAUUUAUUCCAGGUGUAUGGAGUGGAAACUGGGGGGUGACCUACGAAAACCAGUGCGCUUUAAUAGGGACGACAGUGGAUUUAAAGUGCGAGUACGACUAUAGUUUAGGGAGUAUUGUUACCUGGGUCGGCUGGUCUAAAGGCCAACGAGUUUCUAAUAAGUUGAGUCUGGUUCCCCUCUCAGCGCUCCCUUCACCACCGAACCAUUUUACUUAUUUGGGCAACUACCGUGGCAACUGCAACCUGAGGAUCAAUAACGUUCAGCCCUCAGACCAAGGAGCAUAUUAUUUCAGUUUUUCAACAACCCUUGGGAGCUGGAGAGAGGUCAGCAGCUCCGCUGCUUUGUAUGUGAAAGAGUUGACUUCAGUGGUGCAGCCGAGCACCGCCAGAGAGGGAGACACAGUCAGGCUGAUCUGCAGGUCAGGCUGUCCUGAUCCUACAGAGGUCGCCUGGUUCAAAGACGGACAACGUGUUUGGAGCACAGUGUUCCAGGCCAGAAGAGAGGAUGCUGGGAGUUACCUCUGUGUCACGCUGGGAAAGGAGAGGGUUUGGUCCGCCUCUGUUGCUCUGAUCGUUCACUAUGCUCCCACAGAUGUAACGCUGUCAGCGAACCCAUCUGGAGACAUCGACAGAGGAAGCACGGUGACUCUGACCUGCAGCAGCAAGGCCAACCCUCCUGUGGCACAAGGCGGAUAUCGUCUCUACAAGGACGGGGAGUAUGUGAGUUCGGGUCAGACCCGUGUCAUCUCAGAGGUCCAGCCCAGACACACGGGACGGUACCACUGCCAGGCGUGGAACAGCCUGAGCUGGAGAGGCAGCGACCUGAUAAACUCAUCAGAGAUACACCUCAACGUCCAGUAUCACCCUGAGAAUGUUUCAGUCUCAGUGAAUGCUGAGCCUAUCGUUGAGGGCAGCAGCGUCAACCUAACCUGCAGCAGCGAUGCCAAUCCUGCGGCCGACAGCUACACCUGGUACAAAAGGACAGAAACGAGCAGCUCCAACUCCCUGCUCCGCGUGGGCUCAGGACAGGUGCUGUCCAUUCCCUCCAUGGAGUCGUCCCACAGCGGUCUCUACGUCUGCCACGUAAGGAACAGUCGGGGAGAGGGCAACUCAACCGAGGUGGUCCUGGCCAUGGCAGCAGAGCAGCGUGGUUUGUGGCACUCUUCACUGCUGCUGACUCUUUCUUUGACUUAAUUCUGAUCUAAAAUGAGUUUGUUUGCUCCCCAGGAAGCCAUCUUCUUCCCAUCUUAGCUGGGGUUGGAUUAUUUCUCGUUGCACUGUUAGUCGCAGCGUUGCUCUUGUUCAGGAAGAAACAGAAGAACUCGGCAGAGAAAAACCAGACUGAUUUAGACUCCAGGCUCAACGGAGGAGCGUCCAACUCGGAAGAAGCAACAGCUGCCAUUUAUUCCAACAUCCACGUACUUCCGUCUUGUCCUGACCCCUACAACACUCCAGCUACACAAAAAAAUACUCGCAGAUCGUCUGAAGUUGAGAUUAUCUACUCCACGGUGACAAUCAAACCAAGCGUCCGGAACAAAACAAGGCACAAAAACUCCUGGUCUAAAGGAAGAGAAGAUGACAGCUCUGUGAUCUACUCCUCGGUGGUCAAAUCCAGCUGAGCUGCUCACAUCUUCAUUUUAAUACAGUGACCUAAUUUGUUUCAGGAGAAACAAAGAUGGUGAAAGUCAGG